AUGGCCCGCCAGCCUCCUAACCCACUCGUCGAGAAGUGCAAGGAAGUCCCUCACUUGGAGCACCUUGAGUUGCUCUUCUAUGAAGACGACCAGAAAGGCUUGCUUCGGCACAAGACGACUGGGGAGGUGGUCCGUCUACCAAACGCCUUUCUGGGACUCCACUUUAACGAGCAUGGCAUGGCCUAUCUGGAGAUUGAUGGGGCUGCGCCGAUGUGGGCAAGCAGCUUGCUGAAGCAUCAUUUGUUCGAGGAUGAACGGUCCUGCAAGUCGGAGGAGUUGCUGGAGAGGCUCUUCGUUGUCAGGAAGAGUCAGGCGGCCAAUGAUGGUCUUUCCCUGGAAUGGUUGCAGGACCAUCGUAGAUCCCACAGCCUUCUGUAUCCCCAGGACACGAUGCGUGGUGCUUUCGAGGAGAGACCUUUGACACUUCUGUGCUUCCAGUGGGUUCCUCAGCACGAGUGCCAGUGCUACUGGCUGCUUCGGGCAUUGACAAACGUGAAGAAGAAGGUUCUUCUCAAGAAGCUGCGUAAAUCCUGGAUCCCGGCUUUCAAUGCCCGCAAAGUGGCGGGCUCCACGGACCAUAAGACUCAGGGGCGUGACGACAUAGUUUGGCCCGAAAGCGCGGCCGUUCCCGAUGACAGGGACACGCGUCAAGGACAUGAUGCUUUCGUUUCUACCAGGUUCAUGGUCUUCCUCAUGGUCCUUCUCACGAAGCAUUACCGGCAUUGCAAGGAGUGGCUGAAGCUGGUCUUCGAGCAACUGCUGCCGAAACGUGUGAAGCUGCGUGUGAACAACAGCGCCCAAUCGGUGCGGGUUCGUCAUUGCCUUGUGGACCUCGGGGAGGUGACCCAGCGCUCUGCGUACAAGGAGCGAAUGCGGCACUGCAAAAGGCAGGUGCCUCUCAGGUUGCGACAAAAGCUGCGGCUGGAGGAGGUCCUUCAUGCACUCUGGCCCUUGAAGGACUUAAGAUGGCUGCUGUGGGACCUGAUAGAUGGGGUCUCUAGGGAGUUGGAGAUCGGGGUCCAUCUCUCUCAAUUUCACAAAGCGCCAGCAGACAAGGAUGCCUUUGUCCAAUCAGAGGCGGACAUGCGGGACCCUCUGGUCCGUCAGAAGAGAAUGGAGGCCGCUCUUGGCAAAGCCUGGAAUGCCAACAAAAGAAAGGGCAGCAAGGCCCCUCAAACGGAGGCGCAGCGGACACGGCUCCGCAUGCAGGCCGAGGCGGCCCGACGCUUCACAAAGACGCUGCAGAGGAAGAAAGAGCGGAGCAGGUACCUCCUUUCCGCACGACGGCUCUUCAACAACGCUCACUUCGUCCACGUGGGCUUGGACGGCGGAAGAGCUGGCGGACGCAAGCGCUGGCUGUACUGUGUGCUGGAUGCGGACACCGGGGUUUCUGCAUGGGCUCCUCCUCUGCGGUUCCAAGAUGGCGGGUACCGUCCCCCUGACUCUGAUAAAGGUCCCUCUGCUGCAGAGCAGAAGAGAUUGGAUGCCAGCAGCUUGCGGUUCCUCGACAGCUUGAAACUCAUAGAGGCCACUGCUCCCACAACGGCCCAGCCCGUAGUUGCCAAGCAGACCCGUGGUCCUUCCUAUGAGCAAGUGGUGGGCCUCGACCAGACGUUGAAGUGCAUGUUUCCUGCUUUGGAGGAGGGUCUUGGGUCCUUCUCGAAGCCAGCUGGGGACAGAGACUUGAGGCUCCUUCCUACCUUGGUCGUGACGUCGGAUGCUGGACCGGACCUUCAAAGUGCGUUGCAGUUUCUGCAAAAUGGUCUUUCUGUCCGCAUGGUCCAUCUAUGGGAGCCACGGCACAGAUUAGCGCGAGAGCUGGAGAACAGCAUCGCGCACACGGUCCAUCUGAAGUCCUCGCUGGGCGUCGCAGAGAUGAUCCUGAACUUUUCCCGUGGUCCAUGGUCUGGUCAUCGCUGGUUUCGGGUCCUCCAGGAGGAGUGCGUGGACUUUGUGUUGAUGUUGGAGGCAAGUGGAACGCCUGAGUCGUCGGCCCUUCUGCACUAUUUCCGACCCAGAAUUGCCCGUGACCUGGGCUGGAGUGAGGCGGAAACCACCAUGGAGCAGUGCCAGGCCCGUCUUCGAGAAUGUCGGUUCCUUCAUGCGCGAGGUCCUUCCACCACAUCCCGGUGGGACAACUUCCACCAAGGAUGGAAGUCCCUUCGUCCGGAAUUGUCCCUCCUCAGCCUGUUGCUCAUCUCCUAUGGUGUGAAAAUGGGUUUCUUGGGAGGGAAGAUGAGCCAGACACGGAACCCCCGUCCAUCCAUAGAGGCCCCCGAGGAGGACCAGGCGGGGACGAUGAAGGGGGAGACUCGACAGAAGCUCUGGGCACGCUGCUCGAACAAGCUGCACUGUGUUUGCAUGGCCCUUGUUAACGAGGGCCUUCGCUUCGACCUGGAUGCAUGGUUCUUCCUGUCGCUUCCACAGUCUGAGGCCCUUCACACGCUCCGAACAGAACUGCAGAGCGGUCCCUGUGGAGCUUUCAAGGCUCAGAUGUCGGAAUCAGAAGGCGCGGCGCUGGACAUUUGCAACCGCAUCCUGGAGCAGAUGAACUCACCUGACGUGUGGUCCUUCCUUGGCCUGUGGUCUGGAGGUCAGCUGCUGGGAGGGUUCGCUCGCCAGAUGGACCUGGCCCAUCCUGAAGUCCGGCGCCAGUCGGCCCUGAGAAAGAGAAUGCUAGACAUGAUGCUAGCCCUUCUGCAGCAGAAGCUUCUCUACGCUUCGGUUCCUCUGUUUUCAUAUCCUCAGCGACUGGUCCUUCUCGCGUCCCCAUGUGAGGCCACAGCCAACGCAGCAUUGGUUCAUCUGUCCGAGUCAUGGCGGAGCGCGAUGUUGACCAUGGGCCUUCUCGUGCGACACAAGUCUUGGAGCAAGCCGAGAUUGAGCAUGGGCGCCUGGCCGAGCAAUGCCGGCGUCUUGACCAUGGAGGUCCAUCAGACUGCACAUGGUGGCUGGCAGGUCCUUCCUGUGACCGCCGAGAGGCUUCAUUGGGUGCAGGUGUGUAUAUUCGAUGAGUGGUCCGUCCAGCCUGCCUCGGCGAUAAGUCCUUUGGAACAUUCGGUCCGAACAAAGGACACAUCCGAGCACGAGGUCCCUCUUUUGUGGCCAAGUGGGUCUGAGAAAGACAUUCUGGAGUAUUGCGCCGAGAGGCGGUUCCCGAAUGUAUCGAUGACGGUCCUGAAACUGCUGUUGAAGGAGGAGUUCGGGCAGGACAUGGGUUCCUCGGAUGAGUCUUUGGUGGGGGACCUUCUCCUGUCAGGAAUCAAAUGCGUGUUGGGUCCAUCCGAUGAGAAAGCGGCGGAUGCGCUGGAGCUCGCAUUGCAUGAGCGUGAAAAAGACGAUGCAGAGCUUUUGGACCUUCUCCAGAACCCCCUGUUCAACGAGGUCCUUCAGUCAAAGCAGGACCAACAAAAACUGGAGCAGGCAAUCAAGGAAGCCCAGGCCAGUCAGAGGCAGGUCCUCUCAAUCACAAGGUCCAUCCAGCGGCUGCGGCCUGCUGGGAAGAAGAAGGUCAAGCGCAAGGCUGUCCGGUUCCCGGGAGAUGAAGCAUGGCCUGCUGAGGUUCUUCAGCGUUUCGCACCUGCCGAGUACCGCAUGUACAGGGACGAGUUCAACAAAUGCAUCAGGGCCUUCCAUAAAAGCUACAAUUGGAGUCUAUCGAGGUCGUGGGGCAGAUGUGGCAAAGAAAGCGUUCCAGCACGGUUGGUGCUUCGCGGCGUAUGGACACGCCAUGAGGCACUUCAUCCGAACGACCCCUGCCCCUGGGACUUUCUUGAUGAUUGA